AAGAACUGACUGGGACUACGAAUUCCCCUCUCGUUUCGUGUCGCGGCUCUUCCGACGAGCAAGCCAGAAGCAAAUAAACAAGACAGCCUCGAGAGCUCGAGUUCGAUACUGUACCUCGUAACCCGAAAGGAGGAAAUCCAAACCCACGGAGAGAGGGCAAAAAGCUUCCGUCUUUCCAGUUUCAAAAUCAACAAAUCUCAAGAGUAAGGAUGAGCAGCCUCCGCGCCAGCUCGAUUUCCGAUCCCAGCUCGCUCCGUCUCGGCUUCUGCUCCUCGAUCAGCUCGCGCAGCGACUGCUGUUGUGCCCCGACGGUACCCAUUUCGAGAUCCUCGGCGCGAAUGCCCGUACGUUGUGCCGUUCGAUUCCGUCCUUGCAUCGAUAUACACAAGGGUAAAGUGAAACAAAUUGUAGGGUCGACCCUUUGUGAUUUGAAGGAUGAUGAAUCUGCUCCUGUGACCAAUUUUGAAUCAGACACGUCAUCAGCAGAGUAUGCAAAAUUAUACCGAGAAGAUGGGCUGAUAGGUGGUCACGUAAUCGUGCUUGGAGCAGAUCCUCUGAGCAAAGCUGCAGCAAUUGAAGCUUUGCAUGCAUAUCCUGGCGGUCUGCAAGUAGGAGGUGGAAUCAAUUCAGAAAAUUGUCUGAGUUUCAUAGGAGAAGGGGCAAGCCAUGUCAUUGUAACAUCGUAUGUGUUCAAUAAUGGACGAAUGGACCUUGAAAGGCUUAAGGAUCUUGUGCAUGUGGUGGGAAAAGGUCGUCUGGUGUUGGAUCUCAGCUGCAGGAAGAAGGAGGGUAAAUAUGCAAUUGUCACUGACAGAUGGCAGAAAUUUACUGACGUGUAUCUGGAUGAGAAGAUAUUAAAGUUUCUCGCCAGCUAUGCUGAUGAGUUCUUGGUCCAUGGUGUCGACGUGGAAGGAAAGAAACUAGGAAUUGAUGAAGAGCUUGUGGCUUUGCUUGGCAAGUACUCUCUGAUUCCGGUGACCUACGCAGGCGGUGUCACAGUAAUGGAAGAUCUGGAGAGGAUAAAAGUGGCCGGCAUGGGCCGUGUGGAUGUGACGGUAGGAAGUGCUUUGGAUAUUUUCGGGGGUAACUUGGCAUACAAAGACGUCGUGACGUGGCAUGCUCAGCAGCAGGCUUUGCCCGUUUAAUCAUCUCUUAACAUUAUCUUGUGAUUCUUUGUAUCGAUUCGGCUGGUGGCCAUGAUCAGUGACUACCAUAUUGGGUUCUCUCUCACUUAGUCAGAAGGCCGUUUAUAACGCUAAAGAUCAUGUAGACAGUGAAGCUGUGGACCGGAUUGAGAAUGAAGUGUGUGACCGAGGCCUUAGUUUGGAUUGAGUUUGAUUUCUUCUU